GGGUAAUGGGUCGUAACGUUUUGUGUGAACCAGGCGUGCACCGACUUAUGUUGUAAAAAGUUUGAAGUGUAUUAUUUAAUAAAUUUAUUUUCCAAAGAAUUAUGUGAAGUUCGUAGAAACUCAAUUACUUUAAUAAAUUAAAUUAUUCGCAUACCCUAACCUUCACUAUUAUGGCUGUAGGGAAAAAUAAGGCCCCAGAAUGAUUGUUAUUUUGAAAAAAAAAGAAUUACAUCUUGUUUUUGUAUCCAUGCUGUUUCCUGGUGGUUAUAUUUUAUUACGAUGGAUGGACGUGCAGAGUCUGUCGAUUUCCAUGACUUGGAACUUGAUGAACGAAUAUUGAAGGCGGUCGCGAAGCUGGGCUGGCGCAAGCCGACGCUGAUCCAGAGCACGGCCGUGCCGCUCGUGCUGGAAGGGAAGGAUGUGCUGAUCCGCGCGCGCACGGGCUCCGGCAAGACGGCUGCCUUCGCCAUCCCGGUUAUCCAGAAGAUACUCAACGCGAAGCAGACGGCCAAGGAGCAGGCCUUGAAGGCGCUGGUGCUCGCGCCCAGCAAGGAGCUGUGUCAGCAGAUUCACCGCAACUUCCUGCAGCUGACCACCAAGUGCUCCAGCGAGGUGGCCUGCGUGGACAUAGCGGCUCAGAGCGGUGUGAGCUCUCACCUGUCGCUGCUGGCGGACCGGCCGGACGUCGUGGUGGCCACCCCGUCCCGGGCGCUGGCCGUCCUCGAGAAGAAGCUGGUCGACCUGCGGGCCCUGGACGUGCUGGUGGUGGACGAGGCCGACCUGGUCUUCUCCUUCGGCUACCAGCAGGACAUGGCCAAGGUCUUGAAGUUCCUGCCGCGCGUGCACCAGGCCGUGCUGGCCAGCGCCACGCUCUCCGAGGACGUGCUGGCGCUGAAGCAGAUGGUGCUGCGCGACCCGGUGACCCUGAAGCUGCAGGAGCCCGACCUGGCGCCGGCCGCGCAGCUGUCCCACUACCACCUGCACGCCGAGGAGACGGACAAGGCCACCGUGCUGUACGUGCUGCUCAAGCUGCGCCUGCUGCGCGGCCGGACCAUCGUCUUCGUCAACACCGUCGACAAGUGCUACAAGCUGAAACUGUUCUUGGAGCAGUUCUCGAUCCCGGCGUGCGUGCUGAACUCGGAGCUGCCCGCGGCCAUCAGGUGCCUGUCUGUGAACCAGUUCAACGAGGGCCUCUACGACAUCAUCGUGGCGUCUGACGAGAAGGCCCUGGAGGAGCCGGCCAGCCGAGGCAGCUGCGACAAGCGUGGCAAGUCCAAGCGCAAGAGAGACAAAGAAAGUGGAGUGUCCAGAGGCAUAGAUUUCCAGCGCGUGUCCAACAUCAUCAAUUUUGACUUUCCGCUGGACGUGGGUGCGUACGUGCAUAGAGCGGGCCGCACCGCGAGAGGCAACAACGAGGGAACGGUGUUGUCGUUUGUGAGCGUGAGAGAGAAGGUACAGAUGCAGGCGGUGGAAGAGCACUUGAAGGAAAGCUACGGGGGUGAAGAGAACAUAUUCCGGAAGUACGAGUUCAAGAUGGAGGAGGUGGAGGGCUUCAAGUACCGCGCCAACGACAUGUGGCAAGCCGUCACCAGAGUGGCCGUGCGCGAGGCGCGCCUCAAGGAGAUCAAGGAAGAGCUGUUCAACUGCGAGAAGCUCAAGGGCUACUUCGAGGACAACCCGCGCGACCUGCAGACGCUGCGCCACGACCGCGCGCUGCACACGGUGAAGCGACAGCCGCACCUCACCCACGUGCCGGACUACAUCGUGCCGCCGAGCCUCAAGCGGCUCGCUGCCACGCCCAGCGGCCGCAAGAAGCCUGCGUGGAGACCGGCCAGACACUCCUCGUCGCGCUCCCGCUUCCAGGCAAAGAAGAAUGAUCCGUUGCUGAAUGUUGACCUGGCUGAUAGAGAGUGAAGCAACUAACUGCUUCUGUUCUGCAGGAAGUAUUGUACAGCCAAAAAUUUGUAUUGUGUACAUAAUUUAUAUUAAAACACCAUUUCUAACCA